UGAUAACGAAAGUAUGCGUCAGGGCUGCUGUGACAUAUGGAUGAAACUCAUCCGGUCAGCUUCACUCACUGGCACGGAGUAAUAGGUUAUGUGUGUUUUCCUCUUUGGUUAGGGUGUUGCCCAUUCACUCCUGUGGGCAAUAUUUCCAUAGGCACCGCAUUCAACAUUCCGUGAUCACAUCAAUCGGGGAAUAACGUUAUUUCCCGUGGAUAGGGCUAUCCAUUUGAUUGCAGGCAGCUGGAGGCGACUAGCUAGACUCCAUCGAGAAAUGCGGGUUAUCCUGUCGCCAUACGCCACAGAACAACUGAAGCAAUGUGUUUGGGGGUAUUUUUUUGCGGAAGAACACUCCGAUAUUCUGCUAUAGGUCUAUCUAGAGAAACGUCUGUGUGUAGUGUGACAUGAAAACCGUUCGCAACACAAUGCGUCAAAUGUGACCGAGAUCAGAACGCACCAUGGGGAACUUGAAAAUCUAGGUCUUUAUGGCAACGAGGGCAUUGUUCCGGUGCGCCUGGUGGUGCCCCAGAGUGAGCGGCCCCUGCUCGACCAGCUGCUGGCCCACCCCACGCUGCUGGUCCUGGGGCCUCAGCUGGGGCUCGACCCCCUGCAGACCAUGGAGCUGCUGUGUCUGCUCGGAGCGUUGCUGGCCCUGCUAGCCGUGCUGCUGCGCUCUCUGAGGAACAGUGUGGUCUUCCUGUGUCUGUGGGCACUCUACUUCUCACUCUGUCAGGUUGGCCAAGGCUUUCUUCAAAGUCAGUGGGACUCGCUGCUCCUGGAGUGUGGCUUCCUGGCGGUGGUGGUGGCGCCCCUCCUGUGCGGCAACUCAUCUCCAAGGCUCCACGACCCCCUGACCUUCUGGCUGGCCCGCUGGCUGCUCUUCAGGGUCACCUUCGGGGCCGGCGUGGCCAAGCUGCUCAAGGGCGACUCUGGAUGGUGGGAUCUAUCAGCUCUGUCACAUCAUUUUGAAUCACAGGGAAGCCCCACUCCUCUGUCCUGGUACUGCCACCAGUUGCCAGGCUGGCUGCUGAAGCUGGGCACCGUGGGGCUGCUGGAGGCCGAGCUGGUGGUGCCCUUCCUCUUCUUCGCCCCCAUUCGCUGCCUACGCGUCACCGCCUUCUACCUCCAGAUGCUAAUCCAGGUGGGCAGCUUGUUGACGGGCCAAAUGAGCCCUGUGAACCUCCUGACUAUUGCACUGAGUUUCUCCCUGCUGGACGACGACGGUGUCAGCAGCUACAAAAGCAAUAAGAAGAAGGCAAAAGGUGGCUGGAUGCAGACCAUUGGCUCUCUGAUUUCCCUCCUGUUGCAGUUGGGGGUGUUUGCCCUCAUCAUCUACAGUGCUGUGGAGCUCUUCCAGCUGCGCAUUGAUUGGGAGCAGAAGAUUGUGCUGUCAGAAACAAAGUUUACACAGCAGCAGUUUGCUGCUUUCCUGAAGGUGAUUGCAGAGCCCAGUAUCUGGGUUGGCGUUUUAUCCCUGACUUGGGAAGUGGUGGCUGCCAUGCUCGGGUGCCUGUACGCCCGCGGUGUCCUCUCCAAACUCUGGGCUCUGGUCCAGUGGGCCAUCUUCACUGCAGUGGCGGCGGGCAUCUUUGCACUAACUCUGGUUCCAUACACUGCCUUGGAGACUACCUCCAGCAAUAAAAUCUGGCCAGAGGUGAAGAAGGCGUAUAAUAUGGUGGAGCCAUAUGGACUGGUUGGUGCCUACGGCAUCCAACACCAGGCCCUCAAGGAGGACGGCAGGCCAGAGAUAGUUAUUGAGGGCAGCAUGGACCAAGAAAAAUGGACGGAGAUUGAGUUGAUGUAUACGCCAGGGAAGGAGCACCGGGCGCCGCCGCUGUUGACGCCGUACCAGCCGCGGUUAGACUGGAAACUGUGGGAGGCGGCUCGGGGGUCCCAGGUGGACAGCCCUUGGUUCACACGACUAGUGCAGCGACUCCUUCAGGGGAAGAAGGAUGUGGUUCGACUAGUCCAGGUGGAUGGGGCCCAGUACCCGUUCAGCCGGUCUCCCCCAACAUAUGUCAGAGCUGGCCUAUAUAAAUAUUGGUUCACGGAAACCACAGCGGAUGGGUCUCAGCCAGCGCAGUGGUGGAGGAGACAUUUUGUGCAGGAGUUCUACCCUGCCGUGCAGCUUGGAGACGAGUUGCUGGAAAGAAUGCUCAGCCACCACGGGCUAAAGGUACAGAAACACUCCAUACUUUACAGGACAAAUGGCUGCCUUUCGCCUGAAUAGUCUUUCAGUAAAGCAUAACUCCUCUUUUUUUGUUUUAGUUCAAAAUCAUGCCUCCCUUCUGCAAAAAAAUACCUACUGAAAUCUGUCAGAACAUUUAGGUUUUAUUUGACUGCAAGCCAGUAUCUAUGGGUACAGCUAUGACAAAUAUGAUAUCUUGUGUAAACUGGUUUCUCGGCCGUGGCUAUCUUGAGGAAUUCCUGUGGAGUAUGUUUGUGUUCUGUUGCGCUGUGUGUUACACAGGGAGGGUCGUUCAGCUACCCACCUGCCACUGCAGUUAGGCUUAAGAAGUAAACAUUUACACAGCGCAUUUCACAUAGAGUCCCAAAAUUAUCUGCACACUCUUGAUGAACUAUAUCUUGUGAAGAAGGCUUUGCACAAUGUUUGAGGUUGUUAUCUAGUUUG